GUUACAUAUUAGGCGACUCUGCCAGUUCCCGACAACAGUUCACAAAGCUAGAUUGUAGCCCUUGAGGUAAUAGCUAACUUUCUUUUAUCGUGCCACUUGUCGUUGAACCUCCUGAGCCUAAUAUACCACGCUCACUUCCUCCUGCAGGUAUAUAAAUUGUUGCCGGUAUGGGCCAUUAUGGGCGCUGAGGACUGCGCCUGCUAAGAGGGGUGGAUAAUGUAGCCGGUCCGCAGGCGUCAAGAUAACGCGUUAACAGCCUCAAUCUUGACCAGUUUGGUUGUGGUUCGCUCUUAGCUCAUUCCUGGCUAGUCCAGCGUUCUCUGCUUCGUUCAGACUUUCGAAUGUCCUCCCUAAUUGAUUCCGAGGCGUCUGAAGCUUCCGAAUUAUCCGAUGAGGAGACGAAUGUUAAUAAAGGCGCACAAGGCCAUCGUCCCAAAGUCGCAGAUUCGACUGAUAGCGAAGAAGAGGAAGAGGAUUUGGCGAAUGAAGAAGAAAUAUGUCGGAAGGAAGGAGAGGGAUGGAUUGUUGAUGAGGAAGAUGAUAUGGGUGCUUCCGGUGGAUCUGAUGAAGAUAGUGACGAAGCAGGUGAAAACGAUCAAGAGAACGACAAAGACGACGAUGACGAUGAUGCCUUAGAUGAUGAAGAUUUUCAGCUGAUUCAAGAAAACAUCGGCAUAAAUCUGAAAAAGAAAAAGCGACGUUUGAUACUCGAUGAAGACGAUGAAUCAGACAGUGAACAUCUUGUCACGAAAAGGGUCGCUCAUGAAACUGAUCAUGGCAGGGAAGCCAUUGCACGUCAAAUUUUCGAGGAUGAAUAUGAAGAGGACGCUUCGUCAGUGCACGAUGCACCCAAUAGAGCUACAAGCUUCGGCGUUACCGUCGACGAAGAGGAAGAGGAGGAGGAUUAUGAUGAUAUGGACGACUUCAUCGUGGAUGAUAGGCGCGGUGAGGCUCCGGCAAGGGCUACCAGACGCAUCGUACACAAGGAUGCCGCGCUACAGCAAGCACAGGACAUUUUUGGGGUCGAUUUCAAUCUUGCCGAAUUCGAGGCUUUUCGUAAGGGGCGGACUGGUGUCGACGAAGACAGCGAGGCGUCUGAGGCUGAAUAUUCAGAAGAUGAGGAGUCUGCCUCUGUUACUGAUCGAAAGCACAGAAGGCGUCGCGGAAAGUUGGAUUUGGACGAUAAGGUUUACGAGUUGUUCGACCCAAGUGAUCUAGAGCGGGCCUACUAUAGUCAGGCCGAUGAACGCAUUCGGAAAACUGACAUCCCAGAGCGAUUUCAGCUUCGCCAGGUUCCUAUCCAAGUAAUCGACCCCGGAUCUCCCACUUACAACCAAGACUUACAAGAGUUGUCCGAUGAGGCUAACUGGAUAUAUCGUCACGCAUUUAAGGAGGAACAUGAAUAUAAGCCCGUCACCGUUAUACCCAAGAUUGUGGAAACACUGAAACUUUUACGGGAAUCCCUUUUUGAACCACCUUUCAUCAAUUUCUAUCGCAAGGAGUGCGUUGAAAGAGACCUAAACAUCAAAGACCUUUGGCUCAUUUACCAGCUUGAUGAAAAGUGGUCCGUUUUGCACCAACGCAAACGCACUAUGAUCGAUUUGUUGCAGAAACUUUAUGAUUUCUUCGAAGCUACCGCUCCUAACGAUAUUUCGUCCAAUCAGAAGAAACAUGCAGCUUCUAUCUUAAAAUUGAUAUCAUGCGCACGAAGUUCAGAAUCACUGGAAGAACUGGCGGAUGUACGCUUGAAUUACCUGUUACAUUACGCCGCCUACGUCGAGCCCAUGAAACGAUGGUUCAAACGCCAUCAAACGGGAAAGGAUCCUAACGGAGAACUUUCUGAAGAAACUGCAUCCGACGAUUACAAUGUGAAGGAAUCUAGUGGUGUUACUCCGUUUACCGUCGGCCUCGAUCCAAUCACUGGACGCCCAAUUCGUCAGCGCCAGGCUCGUGCCACUGCUUCUUAUGAGCUUGCUCAACGAGCUGGUCUCGGUGGCUUAGUACAGCGAUUCGGAUUGUCUGCUUCACAGUUCGCAGAGAACGUGCAAGAUCAAUAUCUGCGACACGAUGUUGACCAGUGCCCAAUGCUACCACUGGACGCAGCCUCAGACUUCUUGUGCCCGCAGUUCCCUGAGCCGAGCAUAGCGCUUAGCGCAGCACGAUACAUGCUGGCCUUCCAAAUUUCACGAGAACCUUUUGUUCGACGGAUGAUGCGUCAAAUGUUUCAGUUACAAGCAGUCAUCAGUGUGCGUCCUACUCCCCGUGGCAUUAAGCAAAUCGACGAAUCCCAUCCACUCAGUUCCGUCAAGUAUCUCAACAGCAAACCGGUUGCGGAUUUGAUGGGUUCUGUUCUUUUCAUGAACCUGCACAACGCCAGUCGGGAGAAAUUGUUGACCUACGAGAUUCAUGUGCCAGCUGAGCAAAUCAGAGGCUUGUCUCUCGUUGAAGAACUUCAACGCUUCUUCCAUCAGGAUGAAUUUAGCUCCCUUGUUCAAGCGUGGAAUGAACAAAGAAAUUUAGUAUUGAAACAGGCUGCUGAAGAAUUUAUUUUCCCAACUCUCAUCCGAGAAUUACGCGAAAAAAUGCUGCAAGCAAGCCAACAGGCUGUCCUUCGCAUGUGUGCCAAAAAGCUUUUCAGCUACCUCCAAGUGGCUCCUUACCCACCCGAUGGACACAGGUCAUACGAGACAGACACGGAGAAUGCCGCUUCCCCGUUCACCGGUGGCCGUGGGAGACAUGGUUCACGCCAACAUGGCGAUUCAGAGUCCCAGAUUGCUGGUGCUGUCUGGUCCAAAGGGGCUCGCGUUCUAGCCUUAGCGGUGAAGGACGAAGACGAUGCAAGGCAAUCUGUAGUCUCUGCUGUCCACCUUGAUUCAAACGGUGAAGUGGUCGACUUUCUACAUCUUCACGGGUUAAUGCAGUCUAAGCGUGUGCAAGAGGAUUUCAGAAACCUAAAGGAGAAAGAUAUGCAGCGCCUCUCAGGUUUCAUGGCGAAACACAAACCCCAAGUAGUUGUUAUUGGAUGUGAUUGCAAAAGAGCUUUAUAUCUACAAGAGGAUAUCCAGAGGCUGAUUGAAGAACUCGCUUCAGAGCGUCGUCUCCCGCGUAUUCAUGUGGAGCUCAUGGAAACGGAGUUGUCCAUUGUGUUUUCUCAAUCUAUCCGUGCAUCGGCAGACCUACCCGUUUCUUACUCUCCGCUGUUGCGCCAAGCGGUUUCCCUCGGGCGGCGUCUUCAGGAUCCAUUGGCCGAAUUCGCUCAGCUAGUUAACCCUGAGGAAGAAAUUCUGGGUGUACGCUGGCAUCCAUUGCAAGACGUUUUGCCGCGGGAUAAAUUGUUACAGGCGCUUGAAAUUGAAUUUAUCAAUCGUGUGAACGAAGUCGGCGUUGAUGUCAAUCGUUGUCUAUCUCAUCCACACACGGCGGGCGUCUUGCAGUUCGUUUCUGGCUUAGGUCCUAGAAAAAGCCUCCACAUGCUCAAGCUACUGAAGCACAAAAAGGCGUUUUUGACAAAUCGUAUGCAAUUGGUCACUUUGAUCGAGUUCGGCCCCAGGGUUGUUGUAAAUUGCGCCGGGUUCAUCAAAAUCGACACUGCUUUGGUUCGUGAUUUAGAUGCUGACGAUGUGGAAAUUCUGGACUCAACACGUGUGCAUCCCGAAAGUUACGACCUCGCCAAAAAGAUGGCAAUUGAUGCUUUGGAGUAUGACGACUCAGAGGAAAGCGACCCUACUGCUGCCCUUGAAGAAAUUGUACAAAGGUACGUAUCUCAUAAUCUCUUGUCUUCGAAAUACAUUUGCUCCAUGCACCACUUAAGUUUGCUGACUUGCAUCAUUACUCCCCUUUGGAUCCAUCAAUACUACUACUUCCACUCUCACAUAGACUGCUUCUAA